AUGGCAGGAAAUUCCUCUCAGCAGCAGACCGCCUCCAACUUAGACGUUCCCGUGGUACCAGCAUCCCAAGACGAGGCCAUCGAGCAGGCCUGCGACGCCCUGGCAGCCCGGCUUUCUGGCAGCUCCAGCACGGGCUUUGCCGGGCUGAACCGCAUCCGCCUGUCCCUGGAGAUCCCCCUGGCGGACACCAGCCCCUCGGCCCAGGGUGCCCUGGUGUCGGCCCUGAUCUCGGGGCUGACGCGGCGGGGGCUGCCCCGCCCCACGCCCGUGGGGUGCAGCAGCUCCACGGCCAGCCUCUCCCGUGGCUUGACCCUGGAGGGGGCCCUGAAGCGGCCCGGCAAGGGCCCGGUGCUCAUCGUGGCGCCCUCCGCUGCCCAGGCCGGCCAGGUGGCGAGGCUGCUGCACGCCUGGGGAGGGGGCCCUGUGCUCAUGCUCAACGCGGAGUGGGAGAUGGAGGGAGGGGGGUCAUCGAGCCCGGAGACGAGGCAGGACCUCAGGUUUGACGCUGUCUACGUCUUCAUGCCGCUCAACAUCAAGGCCUUGGUCACCCGGAAGGACGGCAUCGUCAUGCGCAGUGCGGGCAGAGCGGGUGCCCCGUGGAGGAUCCUCCUGCUCGCCAAGGGGAAGUGGGAGCCCAUAGCCAGCAUGGCGCAGCGCCCAACCUCCUCGGACAUUGAGACGUCGCUCUACAACUACACGGCAGCCACGAGCCCGUUGACCAAGGGCAUCUCGGCUGUGCGGAACCUUUUCAACAAGAGGCAAUGA